UGACAUUGUACGUCCAGUUUGCAUAGGAUGCGCUAAGAACCCUUGGGGAACCGUCUGUUGCGUAGGAAGCAGAAUUAAACAGAAAAAAAACAAUCACACGGGGAUGAACGGCAACAAUUUGGCGAACCCAGCGCAGGACCGCGUGUGAUUUUUAUGUCGAUUGCUAACAGUGGGGAAUCCCCGGUUUUCUCGCUCGGUAAACUCCCGGGGACGCCAGUUGGGACGCGUGCAGUGUUUACCUUUGCCGCUCGAGAUAGAGAGAAAGACAGAGAAAGCCGUCGUCUGGCGGGCAAAUAAAAGGGCACAACGUGGUGCAUCAAGGCAUCAGUUCAGCGAACAGCUUCCAAUCGAUAACCGAUCGUACUCUCAACGCAACACUCAACCCAAACCGCAUUCAACAUGAACUUCAACAAGAUUUUUGUCUUCGUCCUGCUGGCAGCGCUGGUGCUGGUCGGUCAAACCGAAGCCGGCUGGCUGAAGAAGCUGGGCAAGAAAAUUGAAGGAGCCGGCAAGCGUGUGUUCAAGGCGACAGAGAAGGCGCUUCCAGUCAUUGCCGGAGUGAAAGCCCUGGGUUAAUUGACCGCCCCCAGUCCCCGUGAAGGAUGCUCAUUUUUUCUUAGUUCCAUACCCGCCGUAAACAAAAUAUGCCUGCCACCAUGUAUCGAUUGUGAUAUCAAAACAUUUUCUACCACCUUUUUAUAAAUAGAAUAAAAAUCUGUGUUGUGAUC